UAGUACCACAAAAUAAGUUAAUUAUGCAAUUACUUCCAAGCGGUGCUCAGUAAGUGAAGCGCGCAAACAAACAGAGUACGCGGAGGAGUCGGGGAUUGAGUGGCAACAGCGAUCCAUCAUUUUUAGGAGUCCCGCGGCCGGCGGCUCACUCGCGCGCCGCCCGCCCCCGCCCUGCCCGCGCCCGCCACGCUGGAGGCGCUGCGCCGCCACUCGCGGCAGAUCGCCGCGCGCCGCGAGCGCCGCGUGCAGUUCACGGAGCGGGUGCGAGAUGGCGCUCGCGGCGACGGCGCCGGUGAGUACCUACGCGCGCUAGUCGCGCCCCCGGCGGCCGCGGCGCCCGCGCUCGCGUGUUGACCCGUGUGUCUGUGCAGAGAGCGGCGGCUCGGAGAUGUCCGGCGGCAGCGGCGGCGGCGAGCGCGCGCGGCGCGCGUCCACCUGCCGCGUGGAGAUGGGCGCGCUGCUGGCGCCCGAGCCGCGCCCGCUCGACAACAAAGUCAAGCGUCACAGUAUACAUGGUAUGACAGAGGAGGAAAAUGUGGUGCGGCCGCACCAGGAGAUGGAGGUGCUGUCGCUGGAGGAGAAGAAGUACCUGCUGGGCGUGGAGCGCGGCGACGUGGCGGGCACGCGGCGCGUGCUGCAGCGCGCGCGCGACACGGGCCACAUCAACGUGGACUGCGUGGACCCGCUGGGCCGCAGCGCGCUGCUCAUGGCCAUCGACAACGAGAACCUGGAGAUGGUGGAGCUGCUGCUGGAGUUCGGCGUGGAGACGCGCGACGCGCUGCUGCACGCCAUCUCCGAGGAGUUCGUGGAGGCGGUGGAGGCGCUGCUCGACCACGAGGAGCGCACGAGGAAGCAGGGCGAGCUGCACAGCUGGGAGGCGCUGCCGCCGGAGACGGCGACGUUCACGUCGGACAUCACGCCGCUGAUCCUGGCGGCGCACCGCGACAGCUACGAGAUCAUCAAGCUGCUGCUGGACCGCGGCGCCGAGCUGCCCAUGCCGCACGACGUGCGCUGCGCCUGCGACGACUGCGUGCGCGCGCGCCGCGAGGACUCGCUGCGCCACUCGCGCUCGCGCAUCAACGCCUACCGCGCGCUGGCCUCGCCCUCGCUCAUCGCGCUCUCCUCCAAGGACCCCAUCCUCACGGCCUUCGAGCUGUCGUGGGAGCUGCGGCGCCUGUCCGCGCUCGAGCACGAGUUCAAGACGGAGUACCAGGAGCUGCGCGUGCAGUGCCAGGAGUUCGCCACGGCGCUGCUGGACCACACACGCACGUCGCACGAGCUGCAGGUGCUGCUCAACCACGAGAAGGGUUCGCCGCAGGCGCCGCUCAUGGAGCCCGGCGCGCCCGAGCGGAUGCGCCUCUCGCGGCUCAAGCUGGCCAUCAAGCUGCGCCAGAAGAAGUUCGUGGCGCACCCCAACGUGCAGCAGCUGCUGGCGUCGAUCUGGUACGAGAGCGUGCCGGGCUUCCGGCGCAAGAACAUGCUGCUGCAGGCGGCCGAGAUGGUGCGCAUCGGCGCCAUGUUCCCGCUGUACUCGCUCGCCUACAUCGCCGCGCCGCACUCCGCCGCCGGCCGGACGCUGCGCAAGCCCUUCAUCAAGUUCCUCUGCCAUUCCGCCAGCUACUUCAUGUUUCUGUUUCUGCUGAUUCUGGCGUCGCAGCGCAUCGAGACGGCGGCGAGCGGGCUGUUCUGGGGCGCGCCGCACACCACGCCGCUGUCGCGUCGCGGCGCGCCGCCGUCGCUCGUGGAGUGGCUCAUCUUGGCCUGGGUCAGCGGUCUGAUCUGGAGCGAGGUGAAGCAGCUGUGGGACAUGGGGCUGCGCGAGUACGUGCACGACAUGUGGAACGUCAUCGACUUCGUCACCAACUCUCUCUACGUAGCCACGGUCGCGCUGAGGAUCGUGUCGCACUUCCAGGUUCGCCGGGAGAUGACGCUGGGGCUGCAGUGGAACCAGCCGCGCGAGAAGUGGGACGCGUGGGACCCCAUGCUGCUGUCGGAGGGGCUGUUCUCGGCCGCCAACAUCUUCAGCAGCCUGAAGCUGGUGUACAUCUUCAGCGUCAACCCGCACUUGGGACCGCUGCAAGUGUCCCUCAGCCGGAUGGUGCUAGAUAUUCUAAAGUUCUUCGUUUUGGACAUACUAGUAAUAUUUGCUUUUUCUUGUGGCCUUAACCAGUUGUUGUGGUAUUAUGCUGACAUGGAGAAAAAGAAAUGCCACAUCAGCUCGUCGUUGACGCCCGCCAACGGCACGCUCCUCGACCCCGACGCGUGCGUGGUGUGGCGCCGGUUCGCGAAUUUGUUCGAGACGAUGCAGACGUUGUUCUGGGCUGCGUUCGGUCUGGUGGACCUGGACUCGUUCGAGCUGGAGGGCAUCAAGAUCUUCACGCGCUUCUGGGGCAUGCUGAUGUUCGGCACCUACGCCGUCAUCAACGUCAUCGUGCUGCUCAACCUGCUCAUCGCCAUGAUGAACCACUCCUAUCAGCUCAUAUCUGAGCGGGCAGACGUGGAGUGGAAGUUUGCGCGCAGCAAGCUGUGGAUCAGCUACUUCGAGGAGGGCGGCACGGCGCCGCCGCCCUUCAACGUGGUGCCUUCGCCCAAGUCGAUGCUGUACGCGUGGAGCUGGCUGCAGCGCCGCCUGUGCGGCCAGACGCGCGCCAAGCGCGAGCACAUGCGCACUAUUCGGAGAAAAGCAAAACAAGCGAACGAACGAGACUUCAGGUAUCAGGCCAUCAUGCGCAACCUGGUGCGGCGCUACGUGACGGUGCAGCAGCGGCGCGCCGAGUGCGGCGGCGUCACGGAGGACGACGUCAACGAGAUCAAGCAGGACGUGUCCGCCUUCCGCUGCGAGCUGGUGGAGAUCCUGCGCAACUCCGGCAUGAACACCUCCACGGCCAACGCCGGUGCGCCAGUCGCAUCAGGAGGGGGAGGCGGCAAAAAGAACCGGCAGAAGGAGCGGCGCCUGAUGAAGGGCUUCAACAUCGCGCCGGGCGGCUCGCUGCCGCCCGUGGACGAGUUCUUCGCGUCGUUGCACCACGAGCACGAGGCGCACGGCGCACACCACGCGUCGCUGUCGGCGCUGCUGGGCCAGCGCCUGCGCGCCAGUCAGUCCAGCCUGUCGGACGGCGGGCCGAGCGCGCGCCGCAAGCCGCCGCACAAGCGCCGCUGGGGCACCAUCAUCGAGGCGGCGCGCGCGGCGCGCGUGUCGCGCCUCAUCGGCCGCUCGCGCUCCGAGGACUCCGUGUGCGACCACGCGAGACCCUCGCCGAGCGGCAGCGAGCGGUCGGACUCGGGCAGCGACUCGCAGCGCAGCCCGGAGCGCGUGACGCGCAGCGGGCCGCUGCACCCGCUGUCGGCGCUGGCGGCGCUCAAGCGUAAGCGCAAGAAGUUCUCGGACUCGCGGCGCGCGGCGGAGGGCGCGCGGGCCGCGUCGGGCGCGUCGGAGGCGCUGCAGCGCGCCAGCUCCGUGCCCGCGCGCGCGCCGCCCGCGCCGCCGCCCCGCGCGCCGCGCCCGCCAGCGCCCUCCGUGUCGCCCUCCACUACGACGGAGAGCGUGGCGGGCAAGGGCGGCAGCCGCGAACCGCUGCUCGCCAGCCUCGAGGAUGACGCCCUCAAGGAGGCGUGCGGACAGUGCGGGUACGAAGGCGCCCCGGACGCCGGCGCCGCGAGCGCCGAGGCGGAGGACGCGCGCGCGGCGAGCGAGGCGGCCGCGCGCGAGGCGGCCGAGGCGGAGGCCACGUGCUCGCGCUGCGCGGCGCUGGCGCGGCUGGCGGGCGUCACGCCGCUGGCCGGCCACGCGCCGCACCACUCCGCCGGCUGGCUCUAGCGCGCCGCGCGAGACUACGGUGGAGGACGCACCUUACUUCAACUUACUUUAGUUUACUUAAAAGAUAAGCGAGUAGCUUCUCACUGAAAUGCGUAAGAGGCGCGCUGUACGCGGCGCAUACGACCUUGUUACCGCAAACUGACAAUGAAAUCAUGAUACGAGUGAAAACCUAAGAUCUGCGUGAAGAUCCAAAGCGCCGGGCACAUCGCGUCGCUUACGCGUUUUCCGAGAAGACUUCUGGGAUGUGUAAGUACAUCAUACAGACAAACUUAAGAAAAACGGACUAAACUUGAUGCGGGUGAUUUAGGUCGAAGAAUGUAUGUACCUACCUACGAAGUAGAAGUUCCUAGGCACAUAUGAGUAUAGAAAAUGAAAAUGAGUUUGCCACUGAAACGAUCUGCAACAUGACUAGCAUCAAUAUCGUUCAGAUUAUCUCCAUUAGAAUAUAUGUUAUGAAUAUGUUACUAACAAAGUACCUACCUUACCGUGAGGUCGGCGCAGGGCUGGCGCAGGAGUGGCGGGGAAAAGGCGCUAGGUACCAAAAAUGCGCCCCCUUGAGCAAAAUUAUAAAAAACACUCACACUUUUUCAGUUGUAAUUUUUAAAUUGCAUCUCUGUUGUGUUAUAAUUUUAAUUUUGUUUAAAUAACAAAACACUUCGAGUUCGCGUUGUCAAUUGUGAAUCAUAAUAAUUAACUUCGGGGGGCGCCAAAUUAACUCAAAAAUGCACUCCGAUUUUUUAGUUUAUUUCGACCUAGUACCUAAAAUUGGGGGCCCGGGGGCGCCAAACUGACCCGGGCCAGCCCGGAAUCUCGGAAGGUAUAGGUACGUACUGCGUAGAUAACAAUCAACUAAUUAGACUGUACCUAGAUAUUUCCUAUAUUAUAGUAAAUUAAAUAAAUGGACAUAUUUAUCGAACACCAACUAGUUAAGUAGAUGCAACUAUAUCUAGUCGUAAGUGUAUUUUACAUAUUGACAUUAUAAUGUACUUAGAUACUAAAUAGCAAAUACUAUUAUUCUAUUAUUAUAGUAGAAUGAUUGAAUUAUGAUAGUUAGGUGAAUAGAAUAGCUAUCUACAAAUAAUGUGUUCCAGAAUGUUUUCCAGAUAUAAGUUGUUCGAUCGCACACGAAAUAGCAUUUAAAUUGUAAACCGGGAGCCCACGACCGCCUCACCAACGUCACAGCUCAAUAGGCUCCUACAUAGCAGCCGCGCUCACAAGCUUGCCGCCCCAUACACGACCAUGAGAUAGCAAUCGAGGUGGGCACUCUGACAACCCACGUGCGCGCGGGUGACAUGCGGGUCUGCGGGUCGUCCUCCCGCCUCAUGCUCCGAUUGCCAUCUCAACCUGUCGCAUACUUUACGUGUCGAAACUAUAAUGGUUCCUUCUUUACUACUGAACGAUAUAAUUAUAAAUACGAGAACGAUCUAACACUGAAAUACGUCCAGACACGCAGUCAUGAAAAAUCCUUAUUCUGUUUUCAUAUUCCUCCAUCUAAGAUCUUAGAGGGACUAAGAUUACCUGCUAAGUUAUACUUGGCAGUAGCUACUAGUAUAUCUAACGUAGAUAUCUGGCAAUCGCAGGCUCUCGGUCCGUUAGGGUAAGGUCGAACAAGAAGAAACAGGGAUUUUAUGUGAAACAUGUUGUCCAAUUUACCGAUUAUACUAGCCGCUCCCCAAACUCCUCGUUUACAAGUCGUCCGACAGACCUACAUAGUACAUAGGUACCGCAUGAUUUGUUACAGUGAAUGAGGGGUUAUUUUAUAGGUGUUUGGAUAGUGAGCAACAACCUGGUCUGUUUGUGAUCGGCCGGUGCGGUAGCGGGCGGGUAGCGGCGACGAAUCGAUAUAUUUUGACCUUACGAUAUAAUAUUAUCAUCUAGCGCCUAUAUACGUUUACCAUUCAUUUUUCAAAACAUCCUUUAAUAUCCGUAAAAAAUAGCAAUAAGUAGAUACAAGUGACGCGCGGCGUUGACGUUUCGUAAUUCGUAGCGUUUUUCAAUUCAGAUACAAGCUUAGCCCUUGACUGCAAUCCCACCUGGUGGUAAGUGAUGAUGCAGUCUAAGAUGAAAGCGGGCUAUGGCAGUUUUCAUUAAGCCCAUACUCCUUUGGUUUGUACACGGCAUUGAACCGGAAUGCUAAAUGCCAGCUUUGCCAGUAGGGUGGUAACUAGCCACGGCCACUGAGAUUUACUGUCAAACAAUUUCUGUCGCGUAUUGUGUGACGGUCCAGUGUUUAUGCCGCGUUGAUAUAGCUGCCGCACCGGGUCAUCAGCAAACGAUUUAACUAGUAGAUAUAGAUUCUUAGAUAUUAUCCGAAAAUGUUUUAUGCAAUAUCACAAACGAUGAUGUCGAAAAGCAUCUAAAACCGUGUUAGCUAGGAGCCUAGGCUAUAGCCAGGUUACCUGCUUAUAUCUAAAUGAAUGGUGCGAUUACGGGACUUAUCAUAAGCAAUAAGGUACCUAGAUUCUAAUAGUUUCAUCAAUGAAAUAGCUUAGGAAUGUACCUACCCAAUAAGAGUGGACUGCUUCAUUCAGUUCCUCCAGUAAACGAAACACGAUAGGUAGGUACCUACUCUUAAUACCAUUUAAGAGCGGUCUCUUCGUACUGCACUCCAAACUAAUUUAGUUUGGCACACAUUUGAAAACUAACCAAUCUAUGGAUGUUGGAAAUAAACAAAUCAAACUCAACAAAACUUUGGAGAUAGGUUUUAGGAACUGUCCUUGGAAAAAGGAAACCACAAACAAUGGUUUCCUGAUUUCCAUUAAAAUAUUCCGUUUCAAAGUUACACGGUCUCAAGAACUUAUGUACCUACAAAGCGUGUAACUUUAAAACUAGGUAUUUUUACGAUAAAAUCUGCCUAACCAGUAACCACAGACAUAAAUAUUAGAUUUUAGAACUGGUCUAUAAAAUUACAUCGAAUUUUAUUGGUUGAUAUUGAAAUGAGAAUCAAACUAAGUACGUUUGCAAGUAUGGAGCGAGUCGGAGAGACCACCGGCAAAGCCUUGGUCAAACAAAAACGCGUUGCGACUAAUAUGCUGGCACACCGCGGCCGCUGCUACACGGCUCCGCAGUAUGACAUGCUUCUGGAGAGUUAAAUUUUCUGGGAGCCUUACUAUGACACGUUAUGCUUAACCAAGGCUUUAAACCAUUGCAUUGCGAGCUUCUGGAUGACCAUGUUAGUAAAUCAUAUUGCGGAAAAUUCUCCGAACAUUUUCACGUCACAUAGAUGUUACGGACAAAGUUCAGCCUUCGGAAUGUAGGCAAACGACCAAAGUAGGUGGUAGGUACAUCAGCGGAAGGUUCUUAUUUAUGCUGACUAAAGUGAUAUAUCAUAUAUCAUAGAAAGUAACUCCAUUACUAACUAAGCUCUAUGUCUCCACGUUCGUCGGCCACGCCUGCUAUCUUUAUCUACGUGAAUUGUUGUUUAGUCCUUUAGAACCUCAUUCCUCGAUCGUACACGUAGCUCGAGCUUUUUUAGGUAGCGUAGACUUUGAUGGGAAGGAAGGAUGCAGACGCACACCUAUUGUUAGCUUAAUAUACCUACCUACUUAAAAUUAUGAAACUUAUAUCAUAAUGAUUAGGCAAUAAACAAGGAAUCGGCUUAAUUCAUUUUUAGAUUUGUCCUACUGCGAGUUCUAAAUGUGGAUGUGGCAAAAGUUUGAUAUUUAAAAGAGAUAAAGUACAAUUUCCCAACCAAGCGUUAGCAGGGUUGUCACAUUCAAGUUCACAUUGGAGUUUUUUAACAAAUUCUUUAAGUCCUCAUAUCUUCCACGAGUAAGUACAACGAGUAAUAAUAUUUUUUUUGGUACAUCGCUCCUAACCUAAGCUUGCCGGGACGUUACGGAGUUUUAUACUUCUUGUCUGUUCUUGUGUUUUGUACAUCUUGUGUACUUAACUGCAUUAUCCGACAGUACAAGUUUUGGAACCCCCAUCUCAUCAAUCUUCAAUCGCUGGUAUGAGGACAUUUAUACUAGAAAGACGUAUUGAUGUUAUAAUUUACGUGUAUCGAUUAGUCUCGUGUUAUCGAUUAUCGAAUUAUCGAGUAGUAUCACCGGAGGCCUUCACGUGUUUAGUUGUUUGCGGCGCGAUCGCCACAAUCGAUUUAUAUUUUGUAAAGAGUUGUUGUUUAUUUAUACAUUAUAUUUGUAUAUAACGGUGCGAAGUUUAUAAUAAAAUAAGCACUAUA